AUGUCCGGUCUCCGGGAGAGGGAGGGAGGGAAACAUGUCUCGACGACGAGGUCUAAAGCAGCCCACUCUGUUCAGGACGUUCAGAGUAAAUUGAGCAACAGCAGCGGCAGCCCAUCCCCAUGGAAUGCACUCCAAGUGCCUGGCACCGUUCGUGUCUCCCCUGCAACUCGCAGAAACAUGCCGAUGGGUGCGCAAGCCUCAGGCUCUGGUUUCGUCGUCCUUUCCCCUUGCGGUUUAAUGUCAUCCAACCAAGUCGCGGCAGUAAUUACUCAGUACCUGUUAAACGCAUCACGUUCAGAUAGGAUACCUCAGGAUCCCUCCUUGGAGACUUCAAGAUCCAAGGUAGUCCACUCAACAUCGUCGUCGUCGUGGGUUUCCGUAGUCCGUACGAUGUACCGCGUUUCUAUCUCUUCCAACUCAACGUCCAUCAAGCCUCGGCGCGUGCCUCGAAGCAACGAAACAUUAGAGUAUCGUCUACCCGUCCCCGACACUGGACAGGCGUUCCAUCGGAUGCUGCCGGUGGGAGAGCCUACACAACGAGUCAUCGAACGACCAGCUUCUACCGGCACUCCGUACUGA